AUGGCAGAAGACACCCAUCUGCCCUACCCAACCACCACCACCGCAUCGACAGCCACGAGCAACCUGAAGAAUGACCCGCCAACAGGGCUAAACUCAUCCUCCACCUCGACCACGGUCUGUGAGGGCGCGGUAACAGCCAUGACCGAAACCCACCACGGCGUCGGCGCCCACCCCGAAGACCCCCGCGGCCUCCCCGUCGCCUCGUUCGAGGAAUACCCCGGCCUGCCUCGGCUCAACUACCGCAUCCUCGACUACAAGCUCAAGCUCUCCAUCAUCGUCGCCCUCCUCGUCAUCGAGUCCUCCUUGUUACCCAUCAUCCUCUACUAUGGAAUCUCGGCGAGCACCUCGCUCCGUCCAGGCCUCGUCUUCGCCAUCGUGACGUCGUUUUUCGGCAUUGUUACCGGCAUCGAGUUUGGUCUCCGGAUGUUGAAGCUCAUCCUGAAGGGCGAUCAAUACCGUCCACCGGGGGCAACAAAGUGGAGUUUUGAUUUUACACAUCACACGCUCAGUUUUGGGUACACAGUCAUGUCUGGGAUUUUGAUAGGGGGUUCGAUUCCGCAUAACCCGCCGGUGAAGGUGCUGGCCAUCCCGGUUAGUUUGUUUUUGAUCCAGAUGGGGGUUCAGCUUACGUGGGCGGGGUGGAUGAAUGCCACGGGAAGGAAGGCGCCGUUCAAGAUUUCGAGCGUGAGCAAAGGGGAGAGGGUGCCGCCGUUGGUGCUGACGAUUAUUGAGGAUAUCGUUGGGGUCGAUGGCGGGGCUGGGGUGGAGUAUAGACGGGCUGUCUUUGCGAGGUAUGCGGCGAGUAAGAGGUUUAGGAGGAUGAUUGCGGUUCAGAAUUGGUUUUGGGCCGUGGGAUCGUUGGUGUUUGGGGUUGGGACACUGGUGACGAUCUGGUGUGUGCAUUAUUAUAUUGCCUAUGGUAUUGGAUGGGCUACCCCGCUGGUCUUCACCAUCGUCUGGACUUGGAUCUCGGUUGAGUGGGUGAGACGGGAUUUGAGGGAGGAGAAGAGGCUAUGGAAAGAAGAGCAUGGUCAGGGCGCCGAAAUGCAACAGACGCAACCACCAGAGCCGGAAGUACAGCAACAGGAGACAAAGUAA